GAGCUCAACAACUCGUUAAGUCAAUUCAAACAUGUCCACCAACACGGUACCUCCCGAGAAGAAACGAAAGCACAAGAAUAAGGAGCACUCACCCUCCAAAAAGCGCAAACAUGCCGCCACAACAGCCUCAGACGAUGUACUACUCCAAAUGGACAUACACUCUUCACCAAAGCAGCAGAGCAACAAUAGAAUAGACAAAAGUCAUGUCGUGUCAAUUACCGAUGCAGCAACACCAGAUGCAGGUUCACCAUUCCGUCUAAUCAAUGCGACUAUGUAUUUACCACUUUCGCCGAUUUCGAUUUCUUCAACGCAUGCUGCGGCUUCACUUAUUGCGGAGCAUUUGGCACCGUUAUUAUUGACUUAUUACCCUCCUUUCAAGGGGAUUGUAUUGGCUUAUUCUAAUGGUUCGAUUUCAGAGAGUCCGCCUGCGCCGAGUCAAGUCAACAGCAGCCAUAAUAGCAACUCGUCACACUUAAAUCUCGAUAACCCGAAACCAUUGACUCUUGCCCUGACCGCUAAUGACCCACAGAAGGGACAGAUACUUGAGGGAUGGGUAAAUGUUCAAUCCGAAGGUUUCGUAGGCGCAAUUGCUUAUAACCUCUUUUCCGUGGGUAUUGAGCGGAAACGAGUCCCCAAAACCUGGAAAUGGAUUCCACCCGGUGCAGAUGAUGAGGAGGAGGAUCCGGCGGUCAGUGAUAAAAAGGGAGGAUACGUCUCUGCUACAUCCGGAGACGAGGAUGGAUCAAGAGCCAAUAACAAUAAUAAAGUAACCUUUGAUGCUGAAAAGGAACAUUUUACUCCUCUGCCUAAAAGGGUUAGUAGGAAACCCAUCACUCUCCCAGAUGGGGAUACGAAUAUGCUUGGAGAAGAGUUUGGUGAAUAUGAUGACGAUGACGAUGAGGACGAAGAUUCGAAUACGACGGGUUAUUUCCAGAGCGUUUCGGGGCAUCGUGUUCGUGGGACCGUACGGUUCCGUGUAAGGGAUGUGGAUGUUAUUCCUGGCGCGGAUCCGGAUCGUGGGUUUUUGAGUAUAGAAGGGACCAUGCUUUCUCCAGAGGAGGAGGCAAGGUUGGAAGAAGAAGAGCGCAAUGGGCCUUUGCCGGCUCAUAGACAGCGGGAUCCUUAUGCUGUUACUGGCGGAGUUUCGUCUGUAGUGGUCACUUCGCAGACUCGAACGCCGCAGAAUGAUGUUACUGAGAUUCGAUUGGAUACGACGACGACGACGGCAAAGUCGGGAUCUACGGAGGACAAGAAAAAGGAAAAGAAGAGUAAGGACAAGUCAAAAUCGAAGAGGAAGGAGUAGUUUUGAUGUGUAUUUUGUUUAUGAAUGUUGGAAGACGGUGUUAGGGGU